GGACCAACUUCAGAAGAAAGAUAUGCAACUAAAAUCGUCCAUCAAGCAGAUCUUGAAAUGUGAUUUUGAACAGGAAAACAUAACCUCCCCGGUGGCGUUACCGCUCGCUGAUUGCAUUGUCAGCGCAUGGAUACUGGAAGUUAUCAGUAAAAAUGAAGAUGAAUAUAUGAGAAAUCUGGAAAAGAUGAUAAAGCUGCUGGGACCCGGAGGCAAGCUGAUACUUUUGGGGUCAUUAGAUGCGACCUACUAUGUUGUUGGGGGGGAACGGUUCCAUUGUUUGAAAUACGAUGAGGACUUUGUGAAGAAUGCCCUCGGUAAGCUGGGGUUAGUCAUUGAUUACUGCGCACUGCAGAGUAGAAGCAAUGUGAGCGAUCUCACCGAUUAUCUCGCUUUUAUCUUCCUCGUAGCUUGCAAGGGGGAGUAG